AUGAAAUCAAAUUUUUCUAAUGAGAACAAAGUUAUUAUUCUACUUGUUUCUCUUUUUGAUUCAUAUGGUCAGCUUGUUACAAUCUUGUUGUAUGACACUACAACACAUGUUCUUAAAGAUGUUAUUAACUCAUUGAUGAAGUAUUAUUAUCAAAAGAAGUAUGUUGGUGAGACUUGUGGUAAAGGUUUAUUUGUGAAAGGUCAAAGAGAACAUGAAAGAUAG